AUGACACUCGUUCGUCGAUAUUCGAUGAUCCCGGGAUUGCCUAUAGUAGACAAAUAUCUGAGCAAUGAAUGGAACUGGUCCUCAAAGGAGCCUCCGCAGCCUCAGGCCUCACAAUCCGCCCUGUCCACCGAAGAACUUAUCAGCCCCGUCGACCGGCAGUGGCUUCAUACCAUUUACGAAAGUGUUUUUGAAACAAUCUUCGGCUCCUGGAUGGGAAGAUAUAGCAAUCCUUUCGCGUUCGGCGAACACAGCCUUUCAGAUAUGUCGGUAAGUAUACGUCGGCUCUGUCGCCAGCUUGAUAAAUGGAUGGAUGAAGGCUAUGAUAACCCUGGCGCCAUUCUCGAUUUUGGAACUCCUUCAGACUCGACCAAGCGUCAGAUUGACUUGCAAAUCGAUCAGUCCCUCGACCAUGCCAUUGAGGCUUUUGCUGCUCGUUGGCUACCUUUGACUUCGCGGGCGACCUCGUCUGAACUCUCCUCCGCCGUGGUCAUCAGGGGGCUUUGGCGAUGUGCGCACAAGGAUAUGCUCAAGGUCAUCAACAGGCCAUCCUAUCGAUCCAUGCUAACUCUUCUCUUGUUUGCUCUUACUCCCAUUCCGGCAGGCAUAUCGGACGAAGAGGAACUUGACAGGGUCCCUGGACAGGUUUGUGUUCACGCUGCACUACAGCAAAUCCAGGAGCUGCGUGCUCAUCACAGAAGUCUGCAAUUUAACGGGAAUCGGGUCACUUUCAACAUUCCAACGCGCGCCCCUAGUGCCAGUCCUCAUUCACUCGCGAUGGCCAACUUUAUCAAUGCCGAAAGUACCGCCUAUUGGGCCGCCCUGACGUUUGAUACCUCCGCCUCUUUAACCCUGAGUUGUAGACCGUUACUCUCGUCUGGGCUUUUUGGAUUUGAAUCAGAAUCGUCCUGGCGCAUGGUUCGAGCCUGCAUGGAGAUAUUUCGUCAAAUGACCAAAGGGUGGAAUGAUGCCGAGUUCGAAAUGACCGAUGAAAGGGCCAAUAUAAUCAUAGCGGCCGGGGCAGCGUGGAAAUUGCUAACGUGGAAGCUCACGGCCAAUCUCAAGGAGUCGCUGAGAGAUGGUCAUGAUGAAGCUGAAGUCAGCAGGGCGUUUAUCUCUGUUUCGGACUCCAUUGACCGGUUUAACGUCACCUAUCGAGACUUGCUCUGCGCAUGUCAAAGACGUAUACAUUUCCUCAACCAGGAGACGAAAUUCCGCUGGUACGAACUCAUGUUGCACUACCACUUGUGCAUUUUGAUGCUCGUGGACAUCGUGGCGGCAACAGACCGCCAGGAUCUCCUUUCCCAAUUUUCAGCAAAAAGAGUUGAUGCUGAGAGCUGGGUGAUGAAUUGUUUGGUGUUUGGGUUGAACAACAAAUACACCCUAACCCUGCAACCUGAUUUCGCCCCUGCUGAUCCGAACGCGGGACAUGUCCCUCCAUUCGGCAUCACUGCGUCACUCAUCGCGAUCGAUCCUUACGCUCACCAUGUUGUUGCCGCCGUUAAGCUCAUGCAGCAAGCCGUAGACCGAGAUUUCGCAGCGGGUAAGAUUAGCGCCGAUACUUACCGCAACCUUCUUUCAACCCUAAUUCAGACUUUGGGACAGCUGCCCCAGGGUUCUAAAUCAGUGCGGAUUGUGAGGGCUGAACUUGAGAGAGCCGAAAUUCCAUCACACCCACUCUAUAACGAGAGAUGA